UGGAAUUCUUUGUAGACAAAGUAUAAGAAAUUUUUAAUUGUGCAUUAAAAUUGUGAAAAUUACUAAGAAUAUUUCAGCAAAAGCGAUUUAUACAGAUGUUAUUUUUCACAAUGAUUUUCUUACAAAAUCCACUUGUGGAUGCUCACCGUCUUCAAGAGCAUUGUAAUCAACUAGGAAAUGGAUAUUGGCACAACGUGUCGAAGUAUGCUUUCACAAUUUAUACAUUCAUCUAAAAGCACCAUUAAGUCAUAUGUAAGGAUAAAAUUACAGAAUAAAGAUUGUGUGGCUGGUAUUCUGUUUUAAAACAACUCUGGGUAAUUUGCGUGGCUUGUCAUGAGAGAGGUUUUGAUAAAAUAUGAUCGCUCUGUUACAUAUGACAGCGUUGUCACAGCGUUUACAUUCUUUUCAUUACUUAUAUAAAUAUUUGCGCAACAUGAGACCCGGAAAUAAUGUGAAAUAAGGAAAAUUAGCUGGUUUAUUCAAGAAAUACGAGAAGAUUUUUCCCAGCUUAGUUACUUCAGUAUUGUUUAAGACAGAAUACAAGAUGGCAAAGUUUGGCUUCCUUUCAUUUGUUUUGCUCUGUUGGAUUUCAUCUUGUCAAGGAGUAAUUCUAUCACCUCCUCCUGCCAAUAGUUUUACAUUUUUACCUGGAGAAACAGAAAAUAUAACGUGGACAUUUGAUGAUGAUUUAAACGAUUUGGCCAGUAGAAAUUGGCUUUUUACGGGUAGUAGUACUGGUUCACAAUCAACACUGUUGGCCACUGUCACUCUGGAUUUGUCAGUGAUAAAUCUUAAUGAUCCAAUUCUUCCAAAUUAUGACGUCUACAAACCUUCAACGCUGCGAUUAAGAAAUAUCACUCAUAGUUAUGAUGGAACCUAUGAGUUUCAAUUAACAAGAAGGGGCAGUGCGUCAUCUUCUUUUAUAUCUAAAGUCAGAGUUUUCGUUGCAAUAAAACCUACAGUGGUGAUUAAUUGUCCAACUCCUCUGGUUGUGAGUAAAGGUGAUAAUGUGUCAUGUAUAUGUAGAGGUGAAGGAGGUAACCCUCCUGCUAAUGUCACAUGGUUUGAUAAAGAUAACACAACAGUUCGUGAAUUUGGAGUUGAAAGUGCGACUUUAGUAAUCACUGGUGCCUCACCAAAUGAUCGUGGAAGUUACAGAUGUAAAGCUGAAAGUUUUAAUGAUCCACGUUUCAUUGACGAAAAAUCCAUUGAAAUAAUAGUGAAUUAUCAACCAAGAAGUACGACCAUAACCCUAUCAAAAAUAGAUGCAAAAAUUGGUGAAAGUGUGACAAUAACCUGUGAAUCAGAUGGUUAUCCUGAACCAACCUACACUAUUUAUCAUAAUGGUGCAGUUGUCAGUAAUAAUAAGACAUACAUCAUUCAAUCUGUCAACUUCAAUAACGCUGGUUCAUAUCGUUGUGAAGCAAAGAAUAAACUGGGAAAUGAUUCAUCUGAUGUUAAAAAUCUUACUAUCAUCAAAGUGAAACCAAAUGUGGUAAUUAAUUGUUCAACACCGCUGGUUGUGAAUAAAGGUGAUAAUGUAUCGUGUGUAUGUAGAGGUGAAGGAGGUAACCCUCCUGCUAAUGUCACAUGGUUUGAUAAAGAUAACAACAUAAUUGGUGAUGUUGGAGUUGUAAAUAAGACAUUAGUAAUCACUAAUGUUACAUUAAAUGAUGGUGGAAAUUACACAUGUAAAGCACAGAGUUAUAAUGAUCCACGUUUUAGAGAUGAAAAAUCUAUUGAAGUAACAGUGAAAGCUGCUUAUCGACCACAACAAACCAAUAUCACCAUCAGUCCGAUAUCAGUUAGAAAAGGUCAAACUGUGACAAUAACCUGUGAAUCAGAUGGUUAUCCUGAACCAACCUACACUAUUUAUCAUAAUGGUGCAGUUAUCAGUAAUAAUAAGACAUACAUCAUUCAAUCUGUCAACUUCAAUAACGCUGGUUCAUAUCGUUGUCAAGCAAGAAAUAAACUGGGAAAUGAUUCAUCUGAUGUUAAAAAUCUUACUAUCAUCAGAGUGAAACCAAAUGUGGUAAUUAAUUGUUCAACACCUCUGGUUGUGAAUGAAGGUGAUAAUGUAUCAUGUGUAUGUAGAGGUGAAGGAGGUAUCCCUCCUGCUAAUGUCACAUGGUUUGAUAAAGAUAACAACAUAAUUGGUGAUGUUGGAGUUGUAAAUAAGACAUUAGUAAUCACUAAUGUUACAUUGAAUGAUGGUGGAAAUUACACAUGUAAAGCACAAAGUUAUAAUGAUCCACGUUUUAGAGAUGAAAAAUCUAUUGAAGUAACAGUGAAAGCUACUUAUCGACCACAACAAACCAAUAUCACCAUCAGUCCAAUGUCAGUAAAAAAAGGUCAAAAUGUGACAAUAACCUGUGAAUCAGAUGGUUAUCCUGAACCAAACUACACUAUUUAUCAUAAUGGUGCAGUUAUCAGUAAUAAUAAGACAUACAUCAUUCAAUCUGUCAACUUCAAUCACGCUGGUUCAUAUCGUUGUCAAGCAAAGAAUAAACUGGGAAAUGAUUCAUCUGAUGUUAAAAAUCUUACUAUCAUCAAAGUUAAACCAGAUGUGGUAAUUAAUUGUUCAACUCCUCUGGUUGUGAAUGAAGGUGAUAAUGUGUCAUGUGUAUGUAGAGGUGAAGGAGGUAACCCUCCUGCUAAUGUCACAUGGUUUGAUAAAAAUAACAACAUAAUUGGUGAUGUUGGAGUUGUAAGUAAGACAUUAGUAAUUACUAAUGUUACAUUGAAUGAUGGUGGAACUUACAGAUGUAAAGCACAAAGUUAUAAUGAUCCACGUUUUACAGAUGAAAAAUCUAUUGAAGUAACAGUGAAAGCUACUUACAACGUUCUUUGUGAUGACCAAAAUGAGAGAAUAAAACAGUGCAAAACAGAAUGGUAUCUUAUUUUAAUAACUUUAACAUCUGGAAUUAUCGUUGGAAUUUUCGUCUCUAUUUUAUUUUUUUUGCGUUAUCGUCAACAUUGGUUUAAUAAAAAACGUCAACAAUUUCAAUGUCCAUCUGAAGUUAGGAAAAAUUCUGUUGAUAAUACUUAUCAAGAAUUGGAUUUAUCAAAAAUGAAUAAUAAAGAAGAUAAUUAUCAAUCAUUGAGACCAAAGGAUGACACAGUUGAUACAACUUAUGAAGAACUGGACAUAUCGAAAAGGAAUAUAGAAGAUAAUAAUUAUGAAUCUUGGCAAAAAAAUAAUGAAUCGGAGUACGAGAUAGCCGACGAAAGAAGAAAUUAUGAGAACAGUAAUUUGUUUUCAAGAAAAUCAUAAAUUUAUUCUAAACAUGUGUUUAUAAACAUUUUCCAUGUUGUAAAGUCACAAUGGUGCUUUUACGAACAUUUACAUUUUCUGAUAAGAUUUGAAUUUUGCAUGUUUUCCUCCCUUUUGAGCUGCUAGUACUUUAUGAUUUCCAGAAGGAAGCCAUUUUUUGAUAGGAAAGUACACUGGUCAUUCUGACUCAUUCAUUAGUUGUUUUUGAUAACAGUGUAUGGUAAUACUGUUUUUGAAUAAGUAUUUUCUAUUUAUCUUACUGUA